CACACUUCUGAAUGAACCUGGCCAUCAGGUUUUUAAAGCCAAGUCCUCCAAAUUCAAGUGCACAGAAAACCACAUUGAGGGCAGUAUGGAAUAUAUCUUUAACAGCAAAGAUCAACCCACCAUUUUGUUAAAGGAGCUUAAUUUACAGAACAGCUUAAUAACAACGACCCUUGCAAAACCAGGCACAUCUACAACCACUAAAGAAACUACAACUUUGAUUGGGAGGGUGAUUUUUUACAUUCGGCUCAUUUUUAUCACACGGGGCCCCAUACCAAGUGAGAGCCAUGUUCAACAUUUGGUCAACUUACUGCUGGCCCCACGUCUCAGAGCUAAACAAGACACAGCACAGACCCUGAAUGAUCCUGUGAGCUAUGUGAAUGCCAGCUAUGAGAAAAUUGCUGAUAAUUCAUAUGCCCUCAAAUGUGGAUUUGAGAUCAACAGUCCAUCAAUGGGAGAGAAACUUGAACUCAGGGAUGGCAACUACACAUUCAUUCAAAACUCCAUAAAAAGAAAGCUGAACCAGAUCUUAAGUGACUCUGACACUUCUGUUGAGUUCAACAAAGCCAAUUUCACGAAAAAUUCCAUGGAGGUCAUUGCUGAUAUUGACUAUAUUUUCCGGCAACAAGACAUCAAGUCACCCAGUGACUUCCUCCAAGGACUUCUCAAAGUUAUGAAUAGCUUAACAACUUCAGCUCCAACAGGGAAUAAAACAACUCAGAAACCUGUACAAACACCAAAUGUGAUUGGGAGGGUGAUUAUUCACAUUCGGCUCAUAUUUAUCACACGGGGCCCUGUACCAAGUGAGGCAAAAAUAUUGCAGUUGGCAAACUUUCUGCUGGCUGCACGUUUCAGAACUAAACGAGAACUAAGGCCACAAAGCUUAGGUACCCCUGUGAGCUUUGUGAAUGUUACUUACAUAAAAAUUUCUGAUACGUCAUAUGCCCUGAAUUUUGGAUUUGAAAUCAACAAUGUUACCAUGUCUCAGAAACUUGAACUCAGGGAUACCACAUAUAAAUUAAUCCAGGACACUAUAAAUAAAUUGCUGAACGAGAUCCUAACUGAGCCCACAGCCACUCCAUUUGUGUUCAAAGAUUCCAAUUUCACGGGUAAUUCCACCACUAUUCAGGCUGAUGUAAAGUAUGUUUUCUCAGAAAGCGACAUCCAGAAACCAAGUGCCUUUCUCUAUGCACUUAUUGUGGUUAAUAAUGAGACUAUUACCACAACUACACCUGCUACAACAAGAACCACCUUUUACUCCACAGUGCUGAGCACUACAAUCACAAAUAACGGCACUAAUGCAGCAUGGGUUGUGGCCAUUAUUGUCCCCUGUGCUAUUGCCAUCAUCCUCGUACCUUGCUGGAUUCUCCUUUGUUGUUUGCUGUGUGGUUGCUGUACAGCAUUAAGAAGACGGUGGUCCAGAAGACGGUCAUACAAUGUACAAUACACCACUCGAAACAGCCUUUUCUAGAGAGCUCGAGACACAUCAGGAAAAUGACUAAUUACUUAUAUUACUAAUCCAAAUUGUGAUGGUGGUACUUUAAAGUUUACAUUUAACUUUCCAUAAUGAUUAUGAUAUCUUAGAGCUUUUAUAAUACACUAUUUAUUU